AGAAACACAAGGAGCUGGAGAAUACGCAGAGCUAAGCUUCAAAUUGUCAAAGAAAUUGACCGUUUGUAAAUACUUUAACAAAUGGUUUCGAUGAUUGCGAGCUCUACUCUUGGGGAAUCACACAAGGCGUGGAAGAGAGCAAUGAAUAAGAUUUCUACAAGAAAAUAUAAAUCGGAUUACAACAGAAAAGGGCUGUUUAGAUUGCCGCAGAUCAGUAUUGACUUCUUAAAUGAUGUAGCCAAGGAAUGUUUCUCAGACUUGGGAUUAUUUCCCGCGAACAGAAAAAUUUGUGUUGAUGUACUUCUAGACAUUUGGGUUUAUGUUCGAAAGCUACAAAGACAUGAUGCUUUUGCCAUCUUAUCAGAACUUGCAAGAAGAAAUUUGCUAAAUUUAACAAACAAUGGAAGAGGAAAUACAGCAAUCCAAUAUGGAAAUGCUUCAGAGCUAUACUUUUCCCAGCCUGACGUAAUGCGAGAUUUGGCCAUGUAUUUGGGAUACCAAGAUAAUAUACUCCACCGCAAGAGAUUGGUCAUAGAAAUACAAAAUAGCGAGCUUAAUAACAGAGCAAAUGAUGCUCAAAUUCUUUCCAUUAUAACCGGCCCUAUGGAGGAAAAUCAGUGGUAUGAUAUGACUUUCCCGGAAACAGAGGUUCUUCUGUUAUUUUUUACUUCAACAGAAUGCGUUCUUCCCCCAUUUCUGAAAUCGAUGAAAAAACUAAAAUUUCUGAUGAUAUCCAAUUGCGGUACAAAGAAGGCAACGGUGAAAGGUCUAGAUGUCUUAUCUUCACUCAAUCAACUAAAGAGCGUCCGCUUUGAGAGGUUGUUUUCACCCCUUGGUGUAAAACAGAGCAUUGAAGCACUGCAGAACAUAGACAAGUUAUCAAUGAGUUUAUGUGAAGGAUUUGGAAAUAUAUCCACACUCACCAAGCUACAAGAUUUUAACCUUGACCACUGCAGUGGAUUGGAGGAGUUUCCCCUCGGUAUCUGCAAUAUGCCCUCCAUUCUGUCCUUGUCUAUUACCAAUUGCCAUCUGCUUCAGAAGUUACCAGAUGAUAUAGGAAAUAUGAGCUCUCUAAGAAUGCUAAGGUUAUCGGCAUUACCAGGCUUGAAAGAGCUUCCUCCAUCAAUUGGAAAACUUGAACAGUUGGAAUAUUUAGACGUUUCAGCAUGCGAAGGCUUGAAAGUACUUCCGAAGGAAAUAGGAAAACUCAAGAAAUUGAAGGAAUUUGAUAUGAGAGAGUGUUCCCGUUUGAAGGCGUUACCUACAACAGUUUGUGACCUAAGUUCCCUUAAGCUUGUUAUCUGCGAUGAGAAGAUUGCCAAGCAGUGGUUGCGGGCCAGGAAUAUUUCUAUUCCGGAGCUGCGAGUUGAAAUUGUUGAGGCACAUUUUAGUUUGGAUUGGCUUGAUGAGUGACAUUAUUAUGAAUGUCUUUUUCUUUUUUUCUUUUUUAAUGAAUAAGUGAUUGUAAAUGGGUAUCUAAUAAGACUUUGUGUCAGAGCAAUUGUAAAUGGUAAUAAGGCUCUGAACCAGAACCCAUUCUAUUUAUCAGAUUAUGGAAGAUAUUCAAAUGUAAUUAGCAUAAUUUAUUCAUUGAGAGACAUUAGAUUAAAUUAAUUAUUUAUUGACUG